AUGCACGAUAUGCAGCUCUUGGCGGCGCUGGGAUACAAGCAGGAGCUGCGCAGGCAUUAUUCGACUGUGCAGGGAUUCGCCAUUGCAUUCAGUAUCAUCGGACUGCUACCGUCAAUCGCAUCGACCUUGUUGUAUUCCAUCCCGGCAGGACAUGUGGGCAACGGUCUGACUCUAGCCCUAGGGUGGUUUGCUGCGAGUGCGCAGAUCUUCAAAGUUGCAUUGACUAUGGCCGAUCUAGCAUCUGCCAUGCCUACAGCUGGCGGUCUGUACUUCUGGACUCAUUACUUCAGCGGAGAGAAGUGGAAAAAUCCUUUGAGCUUUGUCAUCGGAUACAGCCUGGUCGCUAUCUUCUUCGCGCGGAUGAUGCCGAAAACCCAGUCCGUCUGCAUAUUUCCUCAACGUGGGCCUAGUUUUGGCCACUGCUCUCGCUCUACCCAUUGGGAAAGCAGUUCGCGGGGGGCGGUUGAACUCGAGUACCUACAGUAUGUCUUUGGCCUCACCGCCUGA